AUGGCCAAACCUGGGUCACGUACUGCUUUGAUGAAUACAGAACAGAAAGCUCUUUGCCGUCAAUCCGGCGAAUUACUUGAAACACCAAGGAGCUCAUGUGCACCUACUGUUCCGGAUUCCGAUGCAGAGAUUGAAGUCCCACCAAGGCAACUAUUUUCAUCGCCGCACAAUGGACAUGGUUCCGUGCCGCCAGACCAUCUACAGAGUGUGCCGUGCAUUGGAACCAAAAAUUUGGGCGCGCAUGGAGGUGAUUUUUUCCAUCAUGACAUGUCGGUGGCAGCUGCAUUAGCCCCUGAUGCUCCAAAAGCCUUUUCCAAGUUUGCACAGCACCGUGUGAAAUGGCCGCCGUAUGACCCUCAUGAAAUCACAAGGGCGCAAGUGCGCCAAUUUACAACUGAGACGGGUGAGGAUUGCUUGGACUUCGUGUUUCAUUGCUCUGAAGGCAUUCGCUUGGACAAAUUGUAUCUUUUCUACAGGGAACUUGCCAAGGCUGGAAUCUACGUUGACGUUUUGUAUUGGGGCUCUUCCUUCCAAAAGUUGAUCAAUUCUCAGGGAUACAAAAGCUCAGAAGCUACUGGAUGGCAACUGGAUCAGAAAGAAGUGCUGGCUGCGAUGCUUCGGCGUGUUUUUCCACCCUUUGAUGGCACGCAAUUGAAAAAUCAUGCCAGUGCUUUGCAACGACAUCAAGUCGAUGGCUGUCAGCUUCAAGAUUGGAUGGCUCAGCGCCAUGGCAAAUGCUUGCGUAUUGAAGAUGUUUGUGUGUUUGACGGCUUCGGUGCACAAGGACUGUGGGACAAGUUGAACAUGGCAGUUGGUGUUCGCGGGGUUCCUGCUAACACAGCGAUUCCAUGGAUCAUCCUGACAAGAACACAGGUUUGCAUUGCUGUUCGGCCUACAGGCAAGAUUCAGGUAUCGCCAGGCAAGUCUUCAGUAGCUGCCAUUGAAGCUGUUGAGGCCACUUUGGUCAAUCAUUUCGACGCAAAAUGGGUUCCCGUUGAUGCCUUCAAGCAGCUGCCAGACUCGGUCGUCACGUAUGGAGUGCUUAGUGAGACAGCGAGGCAACAAACCAAACUUUUUGGUUAA